AAGUUAUAUGUCCAUGGCUGCCCCAUGUAUCUAGUAAAGAAUAGUAAUAAAUAUUUUUUAUUACAAAAUUGAAGGUCACUGGAAGACCGAAAAUUACAUAUUGUGUAGUUAUAGUUUGUCACUUUGCAUCGAAGAUAAGACUGGAAGCACAAAAGUUAAAUACCUGCUUUAUCCAGUUUCAGAAUUCAUAGUGUUGUAUAUUCAUUAAUCUUUUGCAUGUCUUGAAUGCUAGAUCAUACGUAGAGACGUGCAUAUGUGCAUCGUGACAUAUUAUAUUACUUAUAGGUGAUAAAUUAGUGGGAUGGGUUGAGUAAUUAACGAUUGUUGAUGAUAUUUUUAACAUUCCAAAAACUUUUCCGACAAUUCGGUGGUAAUAACAACUCCAUGCGUCAUUCAACAUUAUACCAUGUGGAGGACAAGUCUGCUCCAAAGACGUGAUCUCAAGGAUUGAAUUCAGCUUGCACACAUGCAACUCAGUAAUUACAGAGACAUUGUCCAUAAUGGUAAUGGAGUCUUUGAAUCCAAGUGCAAAAUGUGGUACAUUUGUACUUGUGUGUGUAUCACAAGUAAUUAUUAUUGUUAAGUAAUACAUACAACUCCAGAUCUUAGGAACUCUACAAGUGAACUCGACCAAAGUGUUAAACGAAGGGAAAGUGAGACGUUGAAAGUGUUUGAUCAAUUCGAAAGAAAUGAGAUCAUUACUCAAGUUCGGAACGAUGAUUCAACUGAUUUUGUUACUUUUAAUGAACACAGUGGUGAAAGGCUUGGAGGUUAAAAGUAUAAACGCAUCUCUGGAGAACGUCUAUAAUUUCCCAAUCUCUCGGGAACAAAAACAUAUUUUAGUAUACGAAACUAUUGGAGAGUUAUUCCAGAAAAAUCACAAAUACAAUGCACUAAAGGUUAUUUGCUCAGCGCAGCAGAUCGUCGAGAUCAGCUGUCCCUUAAUUAUUACAGUGACACAAAAAAACUCGGUUGUGUUUUGGACAAUACCUGCCUACGAAUAUCCAAGUUCAGACAGCACAGAACGAACGAUUUGUUUCGACGACGAGUCACUAGAAGAAAUGGUGACGGUAGAAUUGUCCACUUGCAGCAAAACGCCGAUACAUUACUCAUUGUCCGUCCAGUUAAGAAACGAUCUCCAAAUAGCCCUGAACACAGUGACAAGAUCACAAUUAACGCCAUCCUCACCAACUGUGUACUACUUUCCACCACUUGCGAAACGUCAAGAAAAUAGGAAUAAUGGACAGGAAUUUUUUUUCCUUCAACUAACUUCAACAUCAAAUUACUGCAUGGUCAUGUCCAUUCAGAAACCAAUUUGUCCAAUUGGAGAAAUGACGUUGGAAACCAUGAUGCACAAAGGUCAGUGGAUGACGGUUUCAGUGAAAAGCGCCAUGACCUUGCCGAUGGAAGAUUUUCCUUCUGGGUUUUUUAUCAUGUUUCUCCUACUUCCUGACGACUCUUGGUGUAAUCAUGUCAGUCUCGGGCAGCCUGAAAUUAGCAAAAUUUCCUCAUACACAAUGGAAACCUUGCCAUCCCAAGAAAUAAUCGCCAGGAGGAAAACAAUCCACUUCGACAUCAGUAUAGGACUUCCUACGGCAAAGUAUCACGUUGCCAUUUUUAUUCCACUCGGAUUAUUUCUGAUUUUUAUCAGCACUAUCUUCAUUAUUCAUUUACACUUUCAUCGAAUAAGAUGCAAUCUUAUAAAGUGCGAACCGUCCUCAUCUACACCUACGUGCGCCUCUGCGGGUGAAAGAUUUGAGGCUUUGUACAUUUCUCAUCAAUGUUCAAUCAGGAUGGGCUCCACAGACUCCAUUUUCCGAUCACGGAUUCAAAUUUCAGAGCUUAUCAAUAGCCACCCAGAACGGUUAAUGGUGCAAUCAAAGCGAUACUACAUGGCUGGGAUUCUUGUGGCUUCGUUUUACUGUGUUCCAGUUUUUCAACUAAUACUCAGCUAUCAUCACCGUUUAAGAGAAACAGGGAACCUGGACCUGUGCUAUUUUAACUACAUGUGUUCUCACAUGCUCGGAAUGUUUCACGAUUUUAAUCACAUCUAUUCCAACAUUGGUUACUUAAUUUGUGGCCUCGCAUUUAUGAUUAUCGUCUACCUAAGGCAAAUUACUGUAGAGCAAGACUGGUCGACUAGAAGGGCAACUAAUUCUCCAGAAAUUGGAGUUAUCGAAAAAACAUUGGCUUCUUCUGGGAGCAAUAAUAGUAACAUGUGGCUUCCACAAAUUAUCCAUUAUGCAGUGCAGAAGUAUCGAGCCCCGAUGGAUAUUUCGAAGGGCGUCUUUGUUCAUCAUGGACUUUUCUAUGCCAUGGGGUUCUCUUUGUUCAUGACCGGUAUAAUGAGUGGAGGAUACCACGUUUGUCCCAAUCAUAACAAUUUCCAGUUCGAUACCGCUUUCAUGUAUACCAUUGCUGCAUUGGGAGUAGUUACAAUUUAUCAAUUUAGGCACCCCACGUACGUAUCUGCAAGCAUGACCUUUCUCGUCCUUGCGUUGGUAGCGGCAUCCACAGUUGUUGGACUUUUAUGGGAAAGCUACAAGUUUAGGCUGUUUUUCACAGUGACGCACAUCACAUUUUUACUUGUGAUCCUAGUUUAUAUUCAUUACGUAGGAUAUAUUCGAGUAAAUGGAGUGACGGUAACCGAGUGGAAGAAAAUGUUUGAAAUUUUGAGACAAAAAUGGACUGAUGACAUCAAAAACUGGCGACUUCUCCGCUUGCAAUGGGACACGUGGAGUAGUCCACAUGGAGAAAAUAACAGCACCGUAGUGCUCCCGGGACCCUGCCGACUUAUAUUUCCAAUUUUGGUAGUCGCGUUAAACUUUGGAGCUCUGACCAUGAUUUGGACAAUGAUGAGAACAGCUAACUUUGCUUCCCAAGUACUUGCCGUUUAUGUAAUCAAUUGCUCAGUUUAUUCGGUGUAUUACUGUGUUAUGAAGAUGGUGCAUUACGAAUGCCGCAGCAUUCUUUGGAUUCAACCAGCAAUUUAUUUAGUAAUUUCUAUUCUUUUGUGGACAUGGUCGCUAUCUUAUUUCGGGGAUGUGGUCACGUUAUGGGAAAGGUCUCCAGCGGAAUCUAGAGCUAAAAAUGUGGAAUGUGUUUGGCUAUUUUGGUAUGACAGUCAUGAUGUUUGGCAUUUUCUUUCUGCUGCAGCCCUGUUCAGUUCGUUGAUGACUUUGCUGACAAUGGAUGAUGACCUAAUCGAGAAACCGAAGUCUGAAAUCCCAGUGUUUUAAAAAAGUCUGCCUUGAGUUUACUGAUAUUUCUUAGAGCGUAAUUAAUUUUUGAUUUUUGUAAUAUAGCUAAAACAGCAGUAUUAAAGAAACAAUUAUUACUACAUAAAGUAUACUUUAAUUUUGUAACAUGUACAGCUUUAUAUAAAACUUGUAAUAAACUGUUGGAAGGUGCAAAUAAUA